CCGAUGUUUGGAGGUCGUACAAAAGUCGUGCUCGUAAUCUUACUUAUUGCAAGGAAAAGUUUUAAAGGCACUAAAAACGGCUGUCUAACUUCACUGAAGGAUUUCAACAGUGACUCAGAGGUCUGGGAAUGAUUAACAAAAAGAACAAUGUGAUUGUGAUAAUUCGAGUAACGAACAAAUUGACGGUGAUAUCGACAUAAG